AUAUGAACGUUUACCAACACACUUUUCUGAUUUGGAAAACAGCUGUUAGCCCUAUAGUUUUUUUUUUUUUAUAAAAAGCUAUUGCGGAAAAACUACAACAAACUAUAUUUUAUUGUAAAAUGUUAAGGCCUUCGAGCGCCGCGUAAUCUAAACGCCUACGGAACAACGCCGCGCGAUGAAUCUGCGGCCGCGAUGCCGAAAGUGGCUGCCACUGGCCACCCAACAGCUCCGCCUGCGAAACCUGGCGCGAAUUCAGGGAUUUAACAUUGUGUCCAGGUUGCAGGAAGAUGAGCAGUUAGAGCCCGAAGAUGUGAUGCUAUAUUACACCCUGCACACGGAUCAGACCAGUGAGCCUUUUUACACGAGCGAGAAGCUUCCGCUGCGUCACCAGCAACAAAAGUGGGCGGAGAUCUGUACGGAUGACGACGCCUGGCGGAAGUCCAAUGCGCAGUGUGUUUGUGUAAAGGUCUGGAAGUACUUUCCACCUGCCAGGCGGGAAGGCCAACCAUGUGAGACUGACGAUAGGAGUAAUGAUAUGUGCGGAAAAUCACAGCUAACGCCCAGCAAACUGCCCCGUCCCCCAGAGCUGCACUUUAGUUGGGGCGUCUAUUUCUCCGGCCUCAUACCAUUGGCGCCCAUCACCCUGCCACAAUGUGGUGAGAACUGCUUGGUUUUCCAACUAAAUGGCGAGCUGUUUGCAUCACCAUUGCAAAUAAGCGAACAAGGACUGCAAGCGCAGCUGCAUUUGCACUACCAGAAUUAUACGGCGGAGGAGGAGCGAGAAGCGCCAAAGGACGUGGGCAUCAAUUCGCCAGCUGUUAGCCGAAGUUCAAGUCCUGUGCUGCGAAUGAGCACCAUGCGAUAUGCCCAACUAAAGUGUCAGCAUCAAGAGAUCCGCCGCAGCUACAACUUGGACAAGGUGCUCUUGCUGCAACACCUCCAGCGAUUGCACCAGCAAAGACAAAAGCAGAUGGCCGUGGUAACCAGGGAGAUCGCCCGACUCAGUGUCCAGUGUGUGACCAAAAACGAACUGCGGCUGAAGCCCCGCACCACAUCUAUGUCUGGGGACCACGCCGCCAACCACCAUUCCAUGGGUCGCACUCUGAGUGUGCUUCUAGCCGAGCAGCAACUGAUCGCACCCCUCACCCUCUACAACGCUCAGCACCUCACCCGGAGAAUCGAAACCCUUCGGAGCCAGCAACGACUUCUCCAGGCAGAGCGCGAGACCUUCCGGCAAAGAAAUGAGCGGGCACGUCAACGUUUGGAGGAUUUACGUGAGCAGCGCGAGGCACUUCAGAAGCAAUUGCACGGUCAGAGGUAUAGGCUGGAGCAAGAGCGGCUGGAGCUGCGCAGCGUAGCGCCCCAGCAUAUAGCGCAACGCGACCAACGGCGUCAGAUUAUAAGACAGGUGGAAAGGCGCAUGUCCACAUUGGUGUUGGAGCUUCAGGAGAUCUACAACGUCCAAAGCGAGGGGGGUCAGCAGUUCAGUAUCUGCGGGAUUGCCUUUCCCCACAUGGAGCAGUACACUAGUGAGUCCCGCCAGGCCGCCAACGCUCAGCUUCUGGAGAAUGUCUCGCCGCUGGCGGUGAGCGCGGCUUUGGGCUAUGUGGCUCAUCUCGUCCAGAUGCUGGCCAUUAUAAUGGAUCGGCCUCUAAGGAAUCGGAUAUUGUACGAGCCCUCCCGAGCGCGCAUUGUUGACGACAUCAAAGAAUUAACCUACACCACCAGGGAAUUUCCCUUGUAUACGCGUUCCAUUUUGCCGUCGCAGCAGACAAAGUAUGCCAUUUAUCUUCUCCGGCAGAACGUUUCCCAGCUCUGCUUCGAUAUAACUGGUCAGUGCGACCUGCGCAACACCUUUGGGAAUCUACUGGAGCUCUUCAACACCCUUCGGUACAUCGAACGCACGCAGCGCGAUGAAAACGACGAGAUGGAUGGAGGGCGAUCCGGGAAUGCAGCACGCCUGGCGAACGGUCUGACGGCGCCGCACCUGUCCCAGUCGCAUUCCUCGGUCGAUAUGAACCACGUGCCACUUCCGACCAGCGCCAAUGCGGCGAAGGACGCCUUGCUUCAGCAGUUACUUCCUCCGGGUGUGAGUCAGGCCCUGGCCAUCGAAGGUUAUGCGUCAACGCAGCGCAUUUGCCGAUCGGUUGGCUCCUAUUCGGAUGGCGAGGAUGACUUUCGGCAACGGAUGGAGCACAGCUUCUCCAACUCGGACUCCAACAUAACUCUGCAAACGGAACGCAGCUGAGUAAUCUCAGCAAUGUACAGCUGUUGAGAUGCCUGCUGGGCAUUGAUUGAUUUAUGUUUGGCAGUCCAAUCGUAGGGCAUGUAUUAGAGGAAAUCCGUUUGUUUAAUUUUAAAUUAUCAAAGUCAACAGCAGUGCAUGUGUGCCGUGAAAUUGCUUUGCGAAGCAGAUCGCGGUCCCCAGCCGGCGUGUAAUAUUUAGUUGUUUAAGAUCUCUGUGUAAAUUCCCGUUUAUUGUUUGUUUGCUAAUGUAAGCUACGAAUAAACAUUUAAUAUUUUAUA